CGCCCCGCGCCCCGCAGCCCCGCCGUCCGCGGCCUGAGCCCCGCCGCGGCUCCGCUGUGGCGCGCACCGCUCGGGCCCGCGCUGCCGACCUGCGCCCGCGCCCCGACAGCAGCGCAGCGCGGAGAGGACGCGGAGCCAUGGGCCGCCUGCCCCGGAGGGUGGCGGCGCUGCUGCUCGGGCUGCUCGUGGAGUGCACAGAGGCCAAAAAACAUUGCUGGUAUUUUGAAGGACUCUAUCCAACAUAUUAUAUAUGCCGCCCGUACGAGGACUGCUGUGGCUCCCGGUGCUGCGUGCGGGCGCUGUCCAUCCAGCGGCUGUGGUACUUCUGGUUCCUCCUGAUGAUGGGCGUGCUCUUCUGCUGUGGCGGCUUCUUCAUCCGGAGGCGCAUGUACCCCCCGCCGCUGAUCGAGGAGCCUGCAUUCAACGUGUCCUACACCAGGCAGCCCCCAAACCCCGCUCCAGGAGCCCAGCAGCCGGGGCUGCCAUAUUACACCGACCCUGGAGGACCGGGGAUGAAUCCUGCCGGGAAUCCCAUGGCGAUGGCUUUCCAGGUCCAACCCAACUCACCCCAGGGAAGCACAGCCUACCCGCCGCCCCCUUCUUACUGCAAUACGCCCCCACCCCCAUAUGAACAGGUGGUGAAGGCCAAGUAGCAGGGGCACUGCCCAGCAGCUGCCUGUGCGACCUCACGGAGGCAGGGAGGGCACUCUUAUGCCACCUCUCUGCCCCCAUCAAUGUUCGCUUCCAGGAAUUGUCUUCUGAGCCACUAAUGGCAGAUUCCUCUUUGAUAUCUUCAAAGCAAGCACAGCUCCCUUUCAAGUUUUCUGUGGAGGACCAAUAUUUGAAUUUAUUCUGUGUCUCCUCUGUUGCUUCUGUUUCUGAUGUAAUCUGGGCUCUGGCAGAGUGUGGACAGCCCAAGGGUUGACACCUUAGAUCCUCGGGAGAGAGACCGAGGAGGAGGAGGCAAGGCAGGGCCGUGCUUGUGCAGGUGAGCACAGGUGAGCUCAGGUGAGCAGCAGGAGGAGACUGUUGUCUCCUCCCAGGCACCGCAGGCAACUCACAGAAUUGAGGCCCCACGGGUCCCCUCUUUGAGCCCCUCAUCCUGUUGGUCUUUCUCUCCAAGACGCUGUUAGACUUUUGGUGUAGAAGAAGCUUCUUGCCACUUCCUAUCUCAUCUUAAAGAUGAGAGCGGCUUGCCUCCUGCACAGCCAGGGCUGGGAGAGUGCUGUGUACGUCAAGGAGAUGAGGACCCAGAAUCAGGUCAAGUUGGAUGUCUACAGUUACCCAAAAAUCACUAAGGAAAGUUAUUUACAUUUAUGGGAAGUUGCUCCCUGUAUCAAACUGGGACAUUGCAUUUUAUGAACUCUUGGUCAGAUGUGACAAAAAUAAAAUGUUUCCCUCUUUUUUAGUGAGUUUGUAGAAGCUCAUGUAGAGUGUCCUCUGAGGUCAGAUUCAGAGGGUCUUCCCUGAACGUCAGCAGCUGUCUGGCUUUGGUUCCUGACCAGAGGCCUCUGCCCCCUUCCCUGAGCCAACCCUGGCAGUGAGCUGUGAUGGACACCUUCGCAGCAGAGAGGCACACCAGCCUGGGAAGUCACAUCAGCCCCUUGGGAGAGCGGUGUCUCAGCAGGGGCCAGCCAGCUGUUUUGAGGCUGGGGCAGCGGCAAGCCAGGGCAGCGGUUUGUUUGAUCUCAGCCGCUGUGUGUGUCGGGCUCUGAAGAGGAAAAGCUUGCUGAAAGAAAAAAAAAAAAAAAAAAAAAAGACGGGAAUGCAAAAUCCCAGGAACUGCAGGAAGAUCUCUUCAAAAAGUACUGAAUAGAUAUCACUGACAACUUAAUCAAAAUUAGAUAGAAGAUGUGGUUGGAAACCCUAGCAAAAAACAUCUCUCACCCUGGGGUCUAACAAGUAGUCGCCAGGUCAGUAGAGAAGUUCCGUUCCUCUGCAGUUGAUAGUAGUGCUGAUAGUACAUUUAAGUCCAGAUCGAGAUCUGAGCACUUGUGUGUAGGAAGGCAAAGCAACGUAGCCACAGUGGGUAGGUCCCUGUGUGUAGUGUGGGGCAGGGCGGGCAGGGUGGGCAGGGCAGGGGCUUAUUUUGUAAUGAACUCAUUGGAGCCUCUUGAGAAAUGCUUACUCAUUGAACCUGAGCAUCAGAACAUCUGGCUGGAGUGGACAGUGAGUGUUCUCAUGCCCCCAGACCAGGCCAUCCACUGGGGUAUCGCUGUAGGGUAAGGGUCAGAAGGUAGGGCAGCGCCGCAGCAACUGCUCAGACCUACUGUCCUCGAAAGAUGGCGAAUCUGCAGCCUCCCAGGGAAUUCCACAGGAAACGCUUGGAGCCAAACAAAAACCCGGGGAGACAUCGUCUACAAACACAGAUGCUGCUGCUGGGGUCUUCGGCCACCCUCGUGUGACCUCCCACCUCCUGCCCCUGACUGCGGUACCUCCCCAUCCUCGAGUCCUUGAUUCAAAUGAGACAACAAAAGCACAAUGUUUGCUGUUUACAACCAAGGACGACAACUACGUGGGUCCAGAAGGUUCCUCUUCCUCCGGGUCAUUCGUUUUGCAUUUUUUACUUCAAUUUCUCCCUUCGCUUUUUUUUUUUUUUUUUUUUAAAUAAAGAAGCACAGUAAAAGCUGCCCCUGGAAUUGGAUCGGGGUGCCGUUGAAUAGGCACCCAAAUAUCCAUGACUAAAUUUUAUUUAUCUUUUUUGAUAGCAAAUGAUCUGAGACUGAAUGAUUUAGGUAGAGCUCAACAAUUUUGUAUUCCAUGUUUGUGAAGAAAAAUUUUCCCUUGAACCUGGGCGAGAACCCUGCUACAGUGAACACGGAUACUAUGUGUAGAAACUCCACUCGUGGUGACAUUUCCUGGCCAUUCUCAUUUUGUCUGUGCUGACAGUGGACCGUGUCCCCCUCCUGGAGUGAGUCCAGCUCCUGGUGUGUUGAAGUCUUAGAGAGUCAUUGGUUAGGAGUAAACCAGGAGCAGAUCUGUGCAUGUUUUUUCUCUGCAACAUUUGGCUCAUUUCUCUUUUUGUUCUCUUUUGAUAGAGUUCCAUUUCCUAUGUAUGUAAAAAUAAAAAAUAAAUUUGG